CAUUUUUGCUUUGGUCGACAAGGUCUCGACUGAUCACUUCAUCUCUCGUCGUCCUCUCAAGCGCUCAUCCGCUUGCGCGACAGCCAGAGCACAAAACGAACAUUAGAAUAAGUGAAUGUUACGGUGCAGUGUGGGUGGUGGCAAGCUGUUCACUGGACGAGGAGCGAGUAACAUCGCACAGAGAAACUCAAGCGCCAGCAGCUAGACACUUCGUUUCGUUUACCCUGUACGGGGCCCAGAGGAGCACAGCUGCGCCGUCUUUACGCACAACCAGAAGAGCUUUCUGUGAGACGGCUGUGUGUCACCACCAUGUCCGCGGCAACAGCAUCAAUAGCAGAUGUAUCCAGGACUGAUACCGCAAACAAAAAUGACCGGAAUAAGUCAGGUAAUUCCAAAGCUCAGUGCACACCCAUGCCUCAGCCAACAUUGGGCAACCACCAGAUCAUCCAGGGAAAUGGCACUAAUGUGGGUACCGUCAUAUCACUACAGUGCCCGGGGAAGCACAAACUGGUAGGUAGUGAUAUGAUGUGUGUCAUGGGCCCCAACAGCACCUACUGGACAGGAGACUCCUAUUGUCAAGCUCUGUCUCCCAAUGAUUUUGGUUACCGUGUGGCUGUGGUGGCAUCCUUUGUGAGUUCAGGCAUAAUCCUCUUCAUGUCUGUGGCCUUCAUCACCUGCUGUUUGCUUGACUGCAUCAAGGAGGAAGAAAGGAAAAAGGAGGAGAAUGACUCAGAUCCGUGGCAAUGGGAGGAGCCAACCCAGAACCAGGAGAACAACAUGUCUCGUUAUAGUCAUAAGGGCCGCAACAACAACAACAACAACACCCAGGAGAAUCUGCUUUCUCCAUGGGACACUGCUAGCCCUACCCUGUGUGACAGCAUACGAUCUUGCAGAUGUCACCAGCAUUACGCCUAUGGUCCUGCCUGCACAAACUAUGGCCCCACACCUCCCCCUGCUGCUCUUCCUGGACACGACUAUAACCAACCUCUCUUACCCCAAAUGCCAGAACCUGACCCACCUCAGUAUCCUGGCCCUCCCCUGUCCUCCUGUCAAAGUCCAAGCCCGGGCCUGGUCCAGAUCUCAGCAGGGGGAUCUGGUUUGGUGUGGCAGUAUGAAGGACAACAGAGCAGUUUAUCAGGAGCAAACCUAUUAACCGCAGAUGAGGCCCCUGGGAGGAAUAUAAACUCAAACAGGAAUAUAUACCCCAAAGAACUUUCCAUAAGGAUUAUAUCAGUGUGAGGACAGCACACAAAAUUCAUCAAUCAAGACUUUGUUUAAUAUCUAAAUCUGUUCAGCAGUGUCAGCUGUAUAGACGAGGACUGCGGGAUAUAAUAACUAUAUCAGUAUGUUUUGGUGUAUCAGCAGUGGCGAGAUGGCUCUAAAGAGACAUUCAUCUGACAGACUAAUGUGCCUUUUUAUGCAAACUGUAAUGGCACACUGCCCCCUGUCUGUAAAGAGGAGCCAGUGCAUUUUCAGGACGCCAGCCUUGGAGAGAGGUGUUCUUCGGAUGUCAAGAGAUUUGAGCUUAAAAGGAAGUUCUGCUGCUUGAGGCUAACACUUAAGGCAUCUAUUGCGAUAUAAUUAACUUUGCUGUCAGCUGAGGAGAGUGUGGGAAUCUGGGAAAAGUUCACUCUUGACACGAGAAGAGAUGUUGUAAAACACUGACGUGUGUGUAAAUAAUAAUUUUGAGAAAUGUAAAUAAAUGACAGACGUAUAAUAAUAACAAGGAGUGAUGCAUUGGAG